AUGCAUAUAAUAGCCUCGCUUUACAUGACUCGUCUUUAUACGGGUCCGAUUAGCGCCCGAAUGGGGAGAGGAUGGUUCAAGACCAACAACGCCAACUUAGACCAAGUCCAAAAUGGCAAGAAGAUUGCGGCUCUGCUGGACGCCCAACGGGUAGGAGGUGAGCUCAUCUAUACUGUUUUGUACCAAGGAAAGGGUCCUAGGAAGGAAAGGAUCGAUUCUAUACCGUCAAGUGUCCUGAGGAAGUAUGCCAAUGAGAAUUUUCUCGACUGUCUGGAACAGUAUGCUUUGGCAAAUUGUGAGAAUCAUGCUUUUGUGUGA